CUUUUCUCAUCCAGGUCAAAAGGGCAGGUGCUUGAGCACCACUCGGGGUCAAUCUGUGCACGUGCCUGCUUCCACGUCUCUGAAUCAUCAGCUGAAACGACAUAUUUCUUCCAGGUGUGGUCAGAAUGGCGAAUUAUUAUCGAUAUCUACUGCUUAUGGUCCUUUGUGGCUGUCAUACAUGUUUCAGUGAUGAUUCCAUCCAAAAUGAGAUGGGUCCUCUUGAGCUUACAGAAAACAAUGGGACUCUCUAUGCUACAUGCAGAAUGCGGCCGAAUUCCAAACUCCCCACCGGCAUGCCAAAGAUUUAUGGGCAAGUGAUGUUCAAGCAGGCGCAUGCUGGCGGUAAUUUGAGUGUAGUCAUCAACCUACAUGGCUUCCCUGCUCCUGAUGGACAGCACAGAGCCAUCCACAUCCACCAGUACGGGGACCUGAGUGAGGGCUGCUCCUCCACUGGUGGUCAUUACAACCCCCUCUCAGUUAACCAUCCAGACCAUCCAGGAGACUUUGGCCACUUCCUGCCCUUGAAUGGGAAGAUUCGGCAGACACUGGAUUCUGAUGCCACACUCUUUGGUGGCCCAUCAGUUCUUGGCAGGUCGGUGGUGGUCCGUGCCAAGGAAGAUGACCUGGGUCUUGGCGGUGAUGCAGGAAGCCUCCUUCAUGGAAAUGCUGGAGAGAGAUUGGCAUGCUGUGUCAUUGGGAUGGCAAGGCCCAAACAUUAGGACCACUUUUGACGAAAACACAGGCAACUCUAAUAUUAAAAUUGAAUAAAUAAAAAAAUGUAAAAUUGA